CAGAACCGCAACCAUGAACACCGUAAAAUCAGUAUACUACGGUUGGGGAACCCUCAUAGCCGCCGGCGGCGGAGCAUACUACUUCGCGAAGAAAUCGAUCAACGCGGACCGGGCGGCGAAAGCAGAGGCCGACCGUGUCAAGCGGCAGCGCCAGUACCAGCUCGAGCAGUCGCUUGCAUCUAGUGCGUCGACAACACCGAUAUCAGGCGCAGGCGCGGUUACGCAGGGGAAGACGGGGGGUCAGGGAGGGAGUCCGGGCGGCGAGAUGGGGAAUCCGUCGGUGCAGGCUAGUCAGGAUCCGGCGGCGACGAGGCAUGAGGGCGAGGAGGGCGCGAAGAGCAAGUAUGAGGCGAGUGGGGUGUUUCGGAGUCGGAAGGGGGAUCGGUUUUCGUGAGGGGGUGCUUGGGGGAAGGUGUAAGAUAUGGGUUGCGCAAGUGAGUGAGUGCAUGGGAGGCGUUGGAUGAUUGAUGGGAAUGAUUCCACUCUUGCAAUUAUGAUAUAUGAAAUUUCCUGGAAAUCAAAACAUCCGCCAUGGUGUGUUGUAACUAAACGCCAUGUGCCCACCCAGUGCGCCAGCGUGAUAUAUGAGGUUAUAAAGAGACAUCUACACAUGCUCUCCCAAAAGCAUCACGCC